CACAUGCCUGAGCACUGAAAACAAGCAUGAUAGAACCCCCUGAGGAAAACAUGGGAGAAACUAUUACACGGACUGCAAGAACUAAGCUAAUGAAAAAAGCUUUUUUGGAGGCUCUACAAUCAAAUGACUACAGAACUCUGGAGGAGCUUUUGGCUCAAAAACAAAUAGACGUGGACACGGUGUUUGAAGUAGAAGAUGAGAAUUUGCUCUUGGCCUCUUACAAACAAGGAUAUUGGCUGCCUAGUUAUAAACUGCAGCAUUCCUGGGCAACAGGACUACAUUUAUCUGUUCUGUAUGGCCAUCUGGAGAGCCUGAAGGUCCUGCUGAAGCACAAAGCAACCAUCAACUGCAGACCCAAUGGGAAAGCAGCAAUCCACAUAGCUUGUGAAGUUGCCAAUCUGGAUUGCAUCAAGAUACUCUGCAGCCAUGGAGCAAAACCCAACUGCUAUUCAUUGAGUGGACUUGCACCUCUGCAUUAUUGUACCACAAAGUUCUCCAUGCCUUGUGCACAGCAGUUAAUCUGGAAAGGUGCAGAUAUAAAUAUAAGAUCAAACAAUCAGGAUGAAGAAACGCCCCUUCAUGUAGUUGCUCGUUGUGGCACCCCUGAAAUGGUCGCCUUUUAUGUGGAACAAGGAGCUGUAGUUGAUGGCACAAAUGCCCGUCGAGAAACACCAUUGGCCUGUGCCGUUUACUGGGCUCUUAAUGGUAAGGAACAGACCUACAGCACAGAUCACCAUCUGAUCUGCCGGAUGCUCCUUGACUACAAAGCUGAUGUUAAUUCACGGGAUGAAGAUUUCAGGACACCCCUCCACAAGGCAGCCUGGAAUUGUGAUCAUGUCCUACUGGACAUGCUGCUUGAGGCAGGUGCUAAAGCCAAUGUGAUGGAUGAUAAUGGAUGUGCACCUCUGCAAUAUGUCCUGAAAGUGACAGAUGUACGUCCUAGUGCUCAGCCUGACAUCUGUUAUCAGCUACUUCUAAAUCAUGGAGCUACCAGGAUAUAUCCACCACAGUUCCAUAAGGUAUUGCAAGCUUGUUGCUCCUAUCCCAGAGCAGUUGAGGUUAUUGUGAAUUCAUACGAACAGAUCAGCUGCACAUCAAAAUGGAGAACAGCUAUACCUGAUGAUGUCUUUAAGACAUACAGAAGUUUUUAUGAAUCCCUUUUUGAGGCAUGUGCAAAUACGCCACGAUCACUGAAACAUUUAACCAGAUGUGCUAUUCGAAGAAUAUUGCUCCAUAAAUGUCACAAAGAAAUCCCUUUACUUUUAAUUCCAGCAGUACUAAAGAGAUAUUUGCUUUUAGAGCCAGAAGGAAUAAUAUACUAAGAUUUGUAAGAGACAUUUUCAGAUAAUUUAAUUUUAAUGUGUUAGGGUUCUACUCCCACUGGAGAAGUUAAAAUCAAGAUUUCUGUGACAGCAUGAGCAAGAAGCAAAGCCAAGAUUUGCUGCCGAGGAUAUGAAUUCAUAUAGGUAUAGAUAAUUUUACUGAACUCUGAGCACAGAUAAUAGAAUAUUUCAUUCCUAGCAGAGUUUUCAGAAGUACAACAAAUGAAAAGGAAGGACUAAGGAAAGUACUUCUGACUAAGGAAAGAGAAACAAAACACGAUGUGUUGGGAAAUGUUCUAAGGAGAAGUAUUAGUCUUCCCUACCUGGUGGCUUCUGAUGUUCCGUAUUACCACUGCCAUAUUGGAUUAGGGUUAUAGGACUUGUAGUCCAAGAUGCUGAGGGGGCAGCAGGUCAUGCAAGACUGUUGUAAAUGUUAAACUUGUCAUUUUGAAGUAUGUUCUUCUCCCUUGAUAAAAUAAGCAAGAAGUGCUGAGAAAGAUAAGUUA